AUGCAGAGAAUAUUAGAGAAGAAACACUUCAGAAACAAACAGAAAGAGAUAGAAUACAUUUCGAAGAAAUUGCAAUCUUACGAUUGGAAGACAUACCCUCAUAGAUGUCUUCUUAUCUUAGAUGACUUUGCUUCUCAUCCUUUGUUAAAGAACAGAGAACAAGAUAUGUGUCGAAUUCUUAAGAAACUUAGGCACUUUAACAUCUCAGUUGUCAUUUGUGUACAGACAGCAAAGAGUUUAAGUAAGGAUGUUAAAAGAAUACUUACUGACAUUAUACUUUUCCCCGGAUUGUCCGAAGACGAUUUCAUGGAACUUAUGAAAGAGUCCAUGGCAGGUAAGUUUGACAGAUAUGAACUAUGGGAGAAGUACAAAGUCAUACAAGACCCUCAUACUUCUUUCAGAAUUCAUAUCUACGCGAACAAAGUUCAAAUUGUAAAAAGUCAAGCUUGA